GGCUGCUCUCCGGCUGACUCUCUGCUGGAUCUGUUGGACUAACCCCUCAAUGAACUCUCUCCCUCGAGCCGCGCACAGUAUAAUUUGUCUUUGGAUAAUUCAUACCUUCACACAGUCGCACCGAUGGAACGGUCGCCUCACCUGUAAGACUAUUAUUUGAGCUAUAUGAGUCUCUCUAACAUAAACUUAAUUUAGAUUAUUACUUCUUGGAGCAGAAGUAUCCUACAGAGAUGUCGAACUCAUUGAGACUGUACGUCGGCAUAGUUACAGCUCUGGCCUUAUGCAAAUACUGCCUGGCAGAAUGGAAUUCCACAGAGGAGUCAUCUGCCAAUCGAACUGUGUCCUGCCAUCACCAUGGCAACCUCAACAAUUGCACAGUGGAAUCUAAAGAUACCGGGCAGUGGAGCGGACAUUUCACCAAGUGUCCCGAGGAACUGAAGCACUACUGCAUCCACGGGUCAUGCCGCUACAUUAAGGAACAGAGCGCACCUUCAUGUAGGUGUGAUGGAGGUUUCACAGGCUCCCGGUGUGAGCUUUUGGACCUGGGCUGGCAGAUAGGAGAGAAGAAACAGAUCAUCAUAAUCUGCGUGGUGGCCGGCCUGGUGCUGUUGGUCCUCCUCAUCAUCUUCAUCUGCCUCUGUUCACAUCGGGGGUUCAGGAGGUUAAGGCGGCGGGAAAGUCCCAGAGAUGUGGAGGUACCGGACAACAGGGAGAAGUUCAAGAUGCUACCUAACCACGUCCAGCCAGACCCAACGACCCCAUCUACGCCGUGAGAGACGUCAUAAACCUCUGCCGGGCCCGCCCUCCCGGUCAGAACAAGGUCCGGGCUGGGGAGUCAGCAGGCAGCGGCAUCGGGACAUGAAAGCCGGUGUGUGAAAAACGGAUUGGUCAAUCACAUGCUGAUGUCAAGACGAGAUAAGCAGAAGAAAUGGCUAACUGAUUUGCCGGUAUUGGGAGAUAUGCCCCCCCCCCCCCCCCCCCAAACCCCACCCCCACCCGCUUGCCCCUGCCCAUCCCAUCCCAGCUGAAGACUCUCAGCGGCAACUCAGACUUUACUUUUCCCUCCUCGCGGCUGGGUUGCGGGUUUUGAAAGGUUUGCUUUAUCUUCGGCAGUAAACAGGAGUAGGCUGCCUCUUCACAUGUAGCGUGGCUUUCUCUGAUUGGACGAGCUCUGAUAUGCGCUGGCUCCAUUCAUGCUGACAGCCUUACGUUUAUAGAGAAAGGGCCCCGAGCAAAUGGUUGAUCAGGUUAUCAAUCUUUCCCCUCUGCUAUACUUUUUGGUCGCUUUUAGUUUAGGCUCCCGUUGAGCUGAACUGAGAGGUAGAAAAGAUCAGAGAUGUUGUAUCCUGGAUUCGCUUGAUGAACCCUUAUCGCAUCGAUAAUGUGAAAGCAGCGAGGCACGAUAUUAUUUGUUUGUGUAAAGAAGCUUUUCUAUUUCUGUAUACUUUAUUUAUAAUUGUAUUUACGUUCUGUACACGCUAUAGCUUCUAACGUUCUACUGCACACUGCGUUUUCGACCGAGAUCUUGGAAACGUGCUUCAGUCAUUAUCGCUGAUCUCCAAUUGCUUUAGCCUAUUGUUUUAUUGCAUUCAUCUGGGGGAAGAAAACUUUUUUCGCUUCAUCCAGAGAAAAAGUCACGUAAAACAUGAGAAAAGACCUCACAAUCCCAAUACUCAUUUAGUUUCCCCAAAUCAACCCUGCCGUAGAUUCUGGAUAUCUGUGCGCCUGCCGUACAGAAUAUUGUUACUAGUCAACAUCAGCAAUGCAGACAGACUAAUGAACGAUGCUAGCCAGACCCCCCCCCGACUGCCCCCAACCAAUCCUGGGGUUGGAAGAUGACCAAUUCUGGGGAGUAUUACAAGCCCAACUUGUGCUGGCAGGAUUAUUAUUAUUUGACGCGUGUAUUUGGAGCCGCGGAGCCUGCGAGCGUCGUCUCCGGGAACAGGAGCGUGACUGUGUUCGCACCAGACGGGGGUGAAAGUCUUUCACUGUGUUGACAACUUUCCAGACGGAAGCGUGGAGCCGUUCACUGAGUGCAAUGGGUAUCUCCUACGCGCGCGGUCGUCUCUCCUCCACUCUGAAAGAGGGAGAAGGUGAAGGAGGACUGUGUGGAGCUCCACUCUGAGAGGGGGAGAGGGUGGAGGGGGACUGUGUGAAGCCCCACUCUGAGAGGGGGAGAGGGUGGAGGGGGACUGUGUGAAGCCCCACUCUGAGAGGGGGAGAGGGUGGAGAAGAGGGUGGAGGAGGAGGGCUGUGUGACUCUCUGCCAGUCUGAGAGGGGGGAGGAAGCUCCUCUCUGAAAGAUUGAAGAGGUUGGAGGGGGACUGUUUGCCUCUCCCCCGCUCUAAAUUUGAAGUGGGUGGAGAGAAUGGGGGAGCACAGUGGGAGUAAGCAAGAUUUCUGAUAACAUUUUUUAUACAUGUCAGCAAGUUUUAAAUAAAACAAAUAUUAAUUAUUUUUCAAA